CCACCGCUCGCCGUGCUUCCGCUGGAGAGCCUCUUUAAAGGGGAAAUCCCUCGUUUCCCAGCCCCGGGCUUGAUGGGUUGUUAUUUUUGCUUUGAGGCUGAUGUGUGCUUGUUUGUAGUGGUGGCGCUGAUUUGGCUUGGACAGGGGGAGGUCCCUCCACCGUCUGGAGGUGAAGAGGUGGAAAUGUGGAGAGUGUAGUGGUGAUGCUGAAAAGAUGAAGGCUGCCUUUAAACGGUGUAGCUUUUAGAAGUGGGAUAGAAGGAAUGAGGAGGAGCUGGGGUGCAGAACAAGGUGGUUACUUUUGAUAGGGGAUUGUUUUUGGAAAAUGCCCAGCCGGAGGUAUGCUGAUGGCGAGGUGGUGAUGGGCCGUUGGCCAGGAAGUGUCCUGUACUAUGAAGUACAAGUGACCAGUUAUGAUGAUGUUGCUCAUCUUUAUACUGUCAAGUACAAAGAUGGAACUGAACUUGCACUGAAAGAAAGUGAUAUAAGGUCUCAGUCAUCAUUCAAGCACAGGAAGAGCCAGUCUUCCUCAAGCUCUCCCUCCAGAAGAAGCACCAGCAGAUCUCGAUCCAGGUCUCCUGGUCGACCAGGGAGAGGGCGACGUCGUUCUACUUCCCAAAGCAGAGAACAUAAAGAUGACAAAAAGAAAACCAUUCAGGAAACCAGCUUAGCUCUACCAGCGAAGCCGAGUGAGAAUAACACCAAAAGGUACAACGGUGAACCUGAAAAUACGGAAAAAAAUGACACAUCCUGCAUAAUCUUGGAGCAAAAGUUAAAACCAGACCUGGAAGUAAAGCAUUUUGAACAGUACAGCCUGCGUUCAAGGAAAGAUGAAAAGAAGAAAGAAGAGAUAUAUUCGGAGAAAAAGAUUUUUACGGCAUUAAAACCAAUUGAGAAAGCUCCAUCAAAAACAAAGGAGCUGGAGUUUGGGGGAAGAAUUGGGACCUUCAUGCUGAUGUUUCUCCUGCCUGCUACUGUAUUGUACUUGCUGUUGCUGUGUAAACAAGAUGACCCCAGUCUUAUGAACUUCCCUCCUCUCCCAGCACUUGAAAGUCUUUGGGAGACGAGGGCGUUUGGUAUUUUUCUUCUGUGGUUUUUCCUUCAAGCUCUGUUCUACUUGCUGCCAAUUGGAAAGGUUGUAGAAGGCCUGCCUCUUUCAAAUGGAAAGAAACUACAGUACCGGAUAAAUGGGUUUUAUGCUUUUAUUUUCACUGCUGCAGCUAUUGGAAUUUUAUUAUACUUUCAGUUUGAACUUCAUUAUUUGUAUGAUCACUUCAUGCAGUUUGCAGUGUCAGCUGCAGCUUUUUCUUUGGCAUUGAGCAUUUAUCUGUACAUUCGGUCCCUGAAAGCACCCGAGGAAGAACUAGCACCAAGUGGAAAUUCUGGGUAUUUCAUUUAUGAUUUUUUCACUGGACAUGAAUUAAACCCUCGUAUUGGCAGCUUUGACCUCAAAUACUUCUGUGAGCUGCGUCCAGGAUUAAUUGGCUGGGUUGUUAUAAACUUGGCAAUGCUCUUGGCUGAGAUGAAGAUACACAAUCUAAGUAUGCCAUCCCUGUCAAUGAUACUUGUGAACAGCUUUCAGCUUCUGUACGUGGUGGAUGCUCUUUGGAACGAGGAAGCCGUUUUGACUACAAUGGACAUCACCCAUGAUGGAUUUGGAUUCAUGCUGGCAUUUGGAGAUUUGGUGUGGGUUCCAUUUGUCUACAGUCUGCAGGCCUUCUAUUUAGUGGGUCAUCCUACUGUGAUUUCUUGGCCUGUUGCUGCCGCAAUUACUGUUGUGAACUGUAUUGGGUAUUACAUAUUCCGUAGUGCAAAUUCUCAGAAAAAUAAUUUCCGAAGGAAUCCCGCAGAUCCCAAAUUGGCCAAUCUGAAAUUUAUACCCACUGCAACUGGAAAAGGGCUUCUUGUUACGGGUUGGUGGGGUUUUGUUCGUCACCCUAAUUAUCUCGGAGAUAUCAUCAUGGCUCUAGCAUGGUCCCUACCCUGUGGUUUUAACCACAUUUUGCCGUAUUUCUACGUGAUAUAUUUCAUCUGCUUGCUUGUUCAUCGAGAAGCUCGUGAUGAACAUCAUUGUAAGCAAAAAUAUGGCUUGGCAUGGGAAAGGUAUUGCCAGCGUGUACCAUACCGCAUAUUUCCUUACAUCUACUAGAGCACUCCAGAUUCCUGAUUGGAAAGUAACUUCUAAAGUUAGUUUCUUUGCAGAUAAAAUAUACCUCUUACCUUUGCACUUGGUUAUUUGUCAUUUAGGCUUUUAAAAACAAACAAACAAAAAAAAAGGCCAAACUUUGGAGUGCGUCAAAGGUAUUUACAAGUAAGCUUAAAUACAUGAGUUAUGUGAACUGACUGGCUGUGACUUCAAUUCUUAAAAUAUUGUGAAUUUUAAAAACUCUUGGAGCCCUAAUUUUUCAAGCUAAAUUUUAUCUAGAAUUCCGAGUUUACAUUUUUUUUUUUUUAUUGCGUUUAAUUAAGCACUGUGAUGUAAAGUAUAUUAUUUUCUUAAUACAAUAAAUGCUGAAAUUCCAUCCAGUUCAUUUUUUGGUGUUACUUGUACCAUCUGACUUCAGAUGUCCAAUUUAGUUGCCUGAAUUGGAGGAGCAGCAGGGUCUUUUUGGUCAGUGAGCUGGCAGCAGAGGAUUUGACCCACAUGAGGGGCCUGCAGCCCCAGGCCUAGAGCUGGCACAGCUCAGCUAGGUGGUUGUUCCCCUCCUGGCUUUUCAUUAAUGGGAUUUUUUUUGAUCAGGGAGGCUCAGGUGACUACUCCUGCCCUGCAUCUACAGGAGGGACUGAGGGAUUUAGAACUGGGAGAAGGGAAGGGGCACAGCUGUCCCCUCCUCCAGUCCCAUUCUUGAGGCAGUUUCAGCACAGACUGAGGGGAGCUCUGAAGCUGCUGCCUGGUAGUGCCCCUGGCCCUGGAUGGAAACCAUGCUUCUGGCUCAGACUCCUGAAAGUAGAUGAUACAAGCACUUGCUUUGGCUGUGGGCAGAGCUGUGGAAGUGAGCAGUGAACCCUUGUCCUGCCUCUAGCAUUGAACAGGGGGUAGCAAAAGUGUGCAGUGAAUGCACAUUAGACAGAAAAGGAUCAAAUGACCACAGUCAGCUUAUUCUGAUCUUUGUAAAUUAUGUCUUAAUGUACCAUAGCGUUUACCAAGUGUGUAUAAUAAAGCCUCCACGUUUUUUCUGUACAGUGUUUGGGUUUGAAAAUGCAACAGCUUUUUUAGAAGCAGAAGAAAUCAGUAACUAAACCAAUUUCCAGUAAUUUUUAAAAAAAAUGUUCAUUGAAAAAAGGUUUUUGUAAAUUAAUGUUGUAGUUCUUGAAACAAUUGAAGUGUUCAUUUAAAUAUUUGUAUUGACAGAUACGCUAUGAAAAUAUAGGAAUUGCUCCUCAA